AUGAUCUCCAGGUCUCUGGGCCCAGAGUUUGGUGGAGCUGUAGGCCUCUGUUUCUACCUGGGGACAACCUUUGCUGGUUCCAUGUACAUCCUGGGCACUAUAGAGAUUCUGCUGACCUACAUUACGCCUAAAGCAGCCAUCUUCAUAGCAGAAAGAAAGGAGGAUGAGGCCAAUGCCCUGCUGAAUAACAUGCGUGUUUAUGGCACAUGCUGCCUUGCAAUGAUGGCUGUUGUUGUCUAUGUGGGGGUGAAAUAUGUUAACAAGCUAGCUUUAGUCUUCCUGGCCUGUGUCAUUCUCUCCAUUCUCUCCAUCUAUGCUGGAGUCAUCAAGACGAUCUUUGAGCCCCCAGACUUUCCUGUUUGCAUGUUGGGAAAUCGCACUCUGCAGAACCACAAAUUUGAUACCUGUCUGAAAACAGAGGUUAUAGACAACGUGACAGUUACAACCAAGUUGUGGAAGCAGUUCUGUAGUGGACCUGAACUCAAUGCCACCUGCAAUGACUAUUUUGUCAACAACAAUGUGACCCUGGUGCAGGGCAUCCCCGGGCUGACCAGCGGAGUCAUUUCAGAAAAUAUGUGGUCACAGUAUGGCCCUUCGGGUAUGUUGGUAAAAGACAGGAAGUUGCUGUCACUUGGGGGAAGUGACCCUGCCCAGGACAUCUACAUGCCCUAUGUAGUCAAUGAUAUCACAACCUUCUUCACGCUGCUGGUUGGCAUCUACUUCCCUUCUGUCACUGGUAUCAUGGCUGGGUCAAACCGGUCUGGUGACUUAAGGGAUGCCCAGAGGUCCAUCCCCAUUGGGACCAUCCUGGCUAUUGCUACCACUUCCAUUAUCUCCCCCUGUCCUUCACCACCUUGCAAAGAGAUGAAAUCUGACCUUGUUCUUCCCUCUCCCAUUUCUCUUGAUGUAUUCAGGCCACAGUUGUUGGUGCUUCUGAACGUGGACGCUGAUCAGGCAAUCAAACACCCUCGCCUGCUGUCCUUCUGCACUCAGCUGAAGGCAGGAAGAGGCUUGACCAUAGUGGGAAAUGUUUUAGAGGGAACCUAUCUCACAAAAGAGGCAGAGGCCAAGAGAGCUGAACAGAACAUCAAGUCCUCCAUGUCAGCAGAGCAGACCAAGGGUUUCUGUCAUGUUGUGGUGUCUUCGAACCUCAGAGAUGGAAUCUCCCAUCUCAUCCAGUCAGCUGGCCUGGGAGGAAUGAAGCACAAUACAGUCCUAAUGGCCUGGCCUGGGACCUGGAAGCAGUCCAGUGACCCACAGUCAUGUAGGAAUUUCAUAGAAACAGUGCGGGAGACCACAGCAGCACAUCAGGCCUUACUGGUGGCUAAGAAUGUGGACACUUUCCCCACCAACCAGGACCACCUUGGUGAGGGCACCAUUGAUGUGUGGUGGGUGGUUCAUGAUGGAGGCCUGCUGAUGCUGCUGCCCUUCCUGCUGCGACAGCACAAGGUGUGGAGGAAAUGUCAUAUGCGCAUCUUCACUGUGGCCCAAAUGGAUGACAAUAGCAUCCAAAUGAAGAAAGACCUCCAGAUGUUCCUUUACCACCUGCGACUGGAUGCAGAGGUGGAAGUUGUAGAAAUGCAUGAUAAGGAUAUCUCAGCCUUCACCUAUGAGAAGACACUGAUGAUGGAGCAGAGGUCUCAGAUGGUAAAACAAAUGCGUCUGUCUAGGACUGAGAGAGAGAGAGAGAUUCAGAGCAUCACUGAUGAAUUGCAUAGCUCAAUUCGAAGGAAGAACCGAGAUACCGCCCAAUGCAUGAGCCUCAGCCAGCAGUCCUCACCGCUGGAGGACAGUCAGGAAGAUGAGGUAGCCAGUUUUGUCAAUCCACCAUCUCUCACUAUUAGACACACUGGCCUGUCUUCACAAAGCUGGAUCUUUGGCUUACUUGUUUACUUUCAUCUACAUUAUGGUUUGUUAUAUGGACCUGGAAAAUCUGAUUGUUUUCCUAUUAAACCCAAUGUCAACCAUAGAUGUGCAAGCUUCCAUGACAGGAACACAGCAUCUCAUGCCACGAUAAAUGACGAAGCUGAUGCUGGGCCUGAGCAGGUUCACAUGACUUGGACCAAGGAUAAGCUCCUCACGGAGCGGAAUCGGAACCACGAGUGCAGUGCCAACAUGGCCAUGCGUGACUUGUUUAACAUGAAACCAGAGUGGGAGAGUCUGAACCAGACUAAUGUUCGUCGGAUGCACACAGCCAUCAAGCUGAACGAGGUGGUGGUCAACAAGUCACAGGGAGCUCACCUGGUGCUGCUCAACAUGCCUGGGCCACCUAGGAACAGAGGAGGAGAUGAAAACUACAUGGAGUUCCUGGAGGUACUGCUCGAGGGUCUGAACCGGGUCCUCUUAGUGCGAGGAGGUGGCCGUGAAGUCAUCACCAUCUACUCUUAAAAAGAAAACUCACACACCCCACCCUGCCCUCACAGACUGUUGCCAUAGAUACCAGUCACUGGACAGUUUCAUGGGGAGAAGCCUGAUUGGGUUUUUAUGAAGAGCAGAGGUUGUUGGAAGAUGGGACCACUUCUGAUUCCCAAGUAGCCUGAGGGAUCUCAGGUUGAAGGAGGCAGCAUUGAAUCAGUUGACUGGCUGAGAGCGCGAGCACAUGUCCAGAGAAAGGAUAUAAACACUUUGUUUUAUUUAACUUUGAAAACAUAUUCUGUUGCAUUUUUAUAUUCUUUCCCUCUUGCGUUGAUUUCAUGGAGUUCCUGGCACUUACACCACGAAGACAAGCCAACUGUGUGCUGUUGAUAUGAACCUCGCAGUUUUCAUGUUGUCUGGUGCACAGGCUCAGGGAGCUGCAGAGUUUACUGGACCUGAAGAAACAAGAUGACAGAAACAAGUAAACAUGUACAGCAAGGCACAAAACCACCCUUCAGCACCCAAAACAAAACGUAUACUGAAUUUUUAAGAUCAAAUACAGUUUGGAGGUCUGUGGCCUCAGCCUCACCUGUUUUCAGCCUGGUUAGAAGCAGCUAAACAUCGUGGCUAGGUUGUAGAGCCUUUAACGGUGCAGAAUGAGGGUGGGGUCGUGUCUGCAGUUGAAAGGUUUUCCCUAAAGCAGAGUCGCUCUGUGGUUGUUUGCCUUGUCAGUGGUUUAGUGAAGGACCAGUCAGGAGGAUGCUGAACAUAGCCUGGAUGUUGAUACUUGAUCGUUGGUCAUUGUUUCCCACCUUUGAAGAAUGCUGCUUUUUUUUAACAGGAAGAUUGUCUGUAGUUAAUAUUCUAGUGCUCUUUGUGAGUUUUGUAGCAUAACAUGUUAAAUGCACACAUUUUUUAUGGUGUCUGAAGUAAUGCUCAGUUGGGAAUGACUAGAUUUUUUAAAAAUUGAUUGGCUGUUUGACAGCAUACAAUAGCUCAGUAAAUUAGGAGAUUGUCUUGUAAGUUUGCCUUCAGAAUUGUUGGCAUUUAGCAAAGUCUGCUUUUUAAAAUGUUAAUGCAUAAACUGACAGCACUGUUGACUUUGCACUGCUGAACAUUCAGCACUUUGUGUACUCAUGCCGUUUUAUCGCUUACAGUAGCUGUAGUUCUACAUUCAAGUAAAUAAUUCACAACAAGUAGUUCCAUACUAUUUAAUACCCAUGUUUCAAUGGUUUUAUAAUAUUUUAACAAGCAACCAUUUAGGAUUGAGUCUCAGUCUGAGUAAGAUAAGUUGUUAUAAGCAUGUGUAAGAGGAAAAGUGCCAAAAUGACUAUAAAAUUAACUGUGGAAAUGUUGCUAACAAGGACAUACUGUAGCUGCUGCUUUUUCACUGACAAUCUUUAAACUUUGGAAACCCUGAAAGUGCAACCAUUUUUGUAUGAUAAAUUUAAUUGUUUCUGCCAUAAUUCCUUUUCAAAUUCUACAAAUGAUUGACUGAGAAUGCUACAAACAUUGCAAAUUCCAGGGCAUUUCAAACCUGGUGUCGUGUUUUCCAUGUUGUUCCCGAGGAGAUGUGAACUUCUGAUUGUUAGUUAUGCAACAUCUGUGUUUUGUUGUCGUUGAUUUAUGCCUACGUAAUUAUACAGUUGUGGUCUCUGUUGUGUUUAAUGUUGUAACUGAUCUUCUAUUACUUUGUGUUAAUUUUCAGCGUCAUUUUUAUGGAAGGAGGCAGAGAGAGGAAGUGCAGUAUGUGUGAGGAUGACAACAGUUCACCAGUAACACAACAUGCAUAGCACACAGGGUGAUGAAUUAUCACUCACUAUUGGAUGUUUGAACUGUUUCAACUUGUUUACUCCGUUGUAUAUUUUAGCCACCAAAGACAAAUACAUAAUUCUGUAUUUAUGUGUAUAAGCUUAAAAAGGCCUACUUCUGAGUUUGACACAUUGAAAGUUGUAAAUUAUUAAAAUUUCUUUGUUUUUAAAUUUCUUUACUGGACUGAAUAAGAGUAGCUGUGCAUAAGAGAAACAUAAACCACAUCCAGCUUUUACCAGGAGAUACAAAGUAAAGAGAGCAGCAGUGUAUGUUUCACAGCUCUAAUGCCUGAGGUGACCGGAGAACGUUACCUAUCUCUGGUGUCACUGAGGUUUGACUAAGGAAAAAUAAAAAUCCCUUCAAUCACAUCUGUUUCACUCCUGUUACUUAUAUUGGUGAGAGUAAAAAUGAAGCCUCUUCUGUUUCUGCGAGUGUGAGUCUGUGUGUUGUCUAGCUCAGCUGGCAGGCCUCACUAGCUUGGACAGGAAGUCACCUGUGGGCCUACAGACAGCCUUGUUAAUUGUAUUUGUGCCUCUUUAAUUAAUUAUUAAAAGUG